AUGUAUAGUAAUAAUAGAGUGAAAUUGAAUUUGCACAAAUGCAAGACGGUUGGAAUGAACCAGUUCAAUAUCGAUAAAUUAUCAGAUGAUGAUUUUGAUGAGGAGGAGGAUGAGAUUGAAGAGCAAUCAUCGGAAUCCGAUUUGGAUCUUGAUGAUGAUGAAGACGAGUUUUCCGAGUCAGGAACUGAAAGUUUUCCGGAUACUGAAUCGACUGGACCGUCUGAAGCAACAACUGAGAGUAGUAUACAAAUUGAUAGGUAUGUUUAAAGGGAGUUUUGCUUCAAUUCUAACAUAGAGCUAGAGGUUAAGAUUUCAUACCUGAUGGAAUACUUUUUAAAAACCAAACUUUUUAUGGAUAAUCGAUAGUUUUCGAAAUUUCAAAGAAAUAAUGUUAGUGAAUAUCAUUGUAAAUAUUCAUAAGAAUUUUUCAAAAAAAUGUAAAUUUUCAAUGAUAAAUAAAUCAAUGAAAUUAGGGCUUGGAAAACUGUUCGAUAAGAUUUCAUAACUUUUAGAAUUAUAGUUUUCUAAUCAUAUUUUUUGCUCCAAGAAUUUAAAAUUACAUUUUUCAAGUAGAAUGUACAUAUAACCAUUAUUAUAUUUCGGGAAUUCAGUCGAUUCUUUUUGAAAUUCAUAUUUUCAAAUUACUUGUGUUUUUGUCGGAAAAUUUAGACACAAUUUAAUUUUAAUCCCAUAAUGAUAAUCAUCCCAAAAUUUGAUUAAAAAAACACACGAAAACUACUUUUUCCCGAAUACCUUAGCAUUCCACAUUUCAAUCAACGAAUAAAGUCCUACCCGUCUGAUUUUCCAAUAAAUUCAUAUUUUUAUCACGAAUUUCAAAAUAAAAUGCAAUGGAGAAUUAAAUUAUCCGAACAGAUAGAAAAUGAAGCCUAAAACUAAAACUAAAACUUGUUACACUCACUCAAAACUUUCAAAUAACCCCAUUAAAAAACCAUAAAAUGUCGACAACCAUUCCCUUUUCCCAUUCCCAUUGUCUUCUUCUUCUACACCCAUCCAUUUUCACACCUCAUCUUUAUAAAUCCAAAUCUCCCUAAAUAUAUUACGGUAGAGUAGACACAGGAGAUUGACAUUUCAAGUGCUCAUCAUUACAAUUAUAUAGAUUUUUGUAUCCUUAUUAUUAUUAUUACUAUUAUAUUAUUACAACCACUUCUCCUCCCCCUUUUUUCUCCCUUGAGACAAUUUUUUUAUGACAGUACCCCCCUACUGUGUGAGCAACGCAACUAACUUACUCAUCAGUCAUUCACUUAAUCAAACUAGUACUUUUUGUGUCAUAUUCUUUUUUUCAAAAAUUAUUUGAAAAUAUGACGAUUUCUAAACCAAGCCUUCAUAGUUUGAUGUAAGCUAAAAUUUUUUAAAUUUCAAAACAUUUUGAAAGAAUUUUGUUUUGAAAAACCAGCUGGUUCUUCAAAAUGUCUCUGGGUUACUUUAUUUUCAGCCCGGUCCGAAAAUCCCCGUAUUACUUUUCAUUCAAAAAAAAAUAAACUCAAAUUUCAGAAUGCGAGCCCCGAUGCUUGGUAUGAAUGCACAUUCUCGUCGAAUGUCUCUCGACGCAAAAAUCAAACGAGACAUGCAUCGACCAAUUCUCGGCAACAACAAAAACAUUUUCCAAUCUUAUGACGAUAUAAGUAUUGAUGAUUCUUCUCAAUUAUAUUCAAGAAUUGAAAGACGUCGCGAGUCUUCUGAAAAUCAUUAUCCCACAUCAUCAUCAUCCUCCUCAAAUCGAUUCAGAGUUCCAAAACAACCAAAAUCAAAGGGUCUCACUAUGAUUGAGGUGAGUUUUUAUUGUAAUUCAUUUUCAAAUUGAUUUGGCCAUUAAUGGACUUAUAAUUGUUUUUUACUAAUUGCCAACCAAUUAAUUACACCCCCUCUUUAAUGGGAGGGGGUUACCCUUUACUUGGCAAAUUGAAAAAAAGAUUGUAUCUUUUAGGAAUUGUCGCCAAUUCGAUCAGAUUCACUUGGCGACGUGCCGCCACCAAUGCCACCAUCGCUUCGCAGCAAAUCCGAGUGGAACCCUCAACUCACAUCUACCACAACAUCAUUCCAGGUAGAUCAGUUUUUCAAAAAAAAAAUCUUUUUUCAUAAAUCAAAACUUUUGCAGCCACUCAUCCCACUUAUUCCAAAAACCAAUCCGCGUGUUGGUCAUCAUCCAAUUUCACACAACACUCAACAUCAAAAGUUUAUCAGCUCUACACCACGCAUGACAUUAACAGAGAAUAAUAAAAAUUAUCAACAACAUCAUCAUAGAUCAAAUAAAAAGAGCCACAGAAAUUUAUAUAGUCGGUUAGAGAAGACUGAUAGUCUUACAGGGGUAUGUUCAACUUUUUCACACUGAAAAUGGAUCUGAAAAUGUUUUUUUUCAGGAAUCUGAUUAUUAUGAAUCACCGAUACCUUGGAGUCAGCCAGCUAAUUUGCAUCCAAUGAAUAAUCCAGCGUUCUGUCGUGCUGAACACUAUGGCCUGCCUUCAGCGCUUGCCAAGAAUCUUGGAAUUAAUGGUGAGGAAAUUUUAAAAUCAAAUUUCAUUUAACCCAAUAUUUUGGCACAGAAUAAAUUUAGUACGACUAUGGAUUACUGCUAAAAAACGUCAUUCAUAAUUCUCCAAAACAAAUUUUUUCUUCCAGGAAUCGUUUUCCUCACCAUGUCACUCUGUGGCCGUCGUCUAACAGUCAACAUACAAAAAGGAGUCUAUUUCCGAGAUUCCUCGCAAUCCAAUAUCUGCUCUUACGUGAGAGUGAGUUAACAGAUUGCUCAAAUCUGGCAGCACCCAACAAUUGCACCAUCAUCAUAAUAUUAUUAAUAUGUAUUACAGGCUGAAUUGCGCAACCGCUCAAAAUCACACCAAAUGCCAAAACGAUCUCGCGCAUCAUCAUCAAAUGGUGGCAGAUAUGAGGAAACGUAUCGAACACGUCUUGUCCCAACAACAAAUCGACCAACUUUCCAAGAGACUUUUCAAUUGUAAGAUUUUUUAUUCACCGAAGAAAAGAGACAGAGGGGUGUCAUUAUCGCGAUAGCGAUCUUUUGGCGCCAAAAUUUUUUGAAACACAUGAAAAAUGUUGCGUUUUUUCAGCAAAUUGUCGGAGAACUGUGGUCGUGAUUAUUUGGCACUUACUGUUUAUUCAAUGGAAGCCGACGAGCCACAAAAGAAAAAAGUGCUUGGAUGCAUGGCUUUUCCAAUUUCAAGACUUUUGAAAAAGGCUAGACAAGCGGUAAGUUAAUGGCCCCCAGCGGGACUCUAUUCUGAAAAACAGUAGUUAUAAUCAACUGUAAUUCUCGCUUUUUGAAAAUUUCAGUUUGAUAAGAAUUCCAUGUGUCCGAAAAAAAAUUCAAGUUUCCUAAUCUUGUUAAGUUUAUAUUCCAGAAUAGUUUAAAUCACAGUCCCAUUGAUUCCUCUGAUGUUCCUUAAAAAUCUCAAUUUUCCAGAACGCUGAUUACUUCUACUACCAACCCGAAAAUGAGAAUGUCGAAGAAGUCGAAAUCAACAAUGACGGUUAUUUUUUGCUCGACCCAAAAUAUGGCGAAAAACGCAAUUUGCCACAAAGCAAAGUCAAACGCCAAACGUAUUAUAAUGAUCCAACACUUUCCGGAACUUCUGGCUCAUCUUUCAAUUCGCAAGGAAAGGUUCGUAAUUUUUUUGAUUAAUAUUCUGAAUUUUUCUCGGAAGAAAAGGGAAAAAACCAAACCGUGAGAAUUUCGAAGUGCGUUUUCCCAACAAUUUUCGAUGAAAAAAAUGAAAAAAUAUACAUAUCCAAUUAGUCUACUAUGAUGUAUGUAGAUAAUAACUCUGUUUGUCAAGAACAUGGUUUUUUCUUUUGCUCCACUCCAAUUAAAAAAAUAAUAAAAAUGAAAAAAUAAAAAACUCUGGUAUAGAUAGAUAAAAAUUUGGGCGUUUGAUGACAUUGCUUAUCAAUUUUUUUUGAGUUAGUUUCACCGAUUUCUCGGUAUUUUUAGAAGACCUUUUCUAAUUGAUAGGAUUAUUUUCUUGAAGAAAGAACACUUGAAAUUUGUCAUGCAUUGUGUUUUUUUGUGUAAUAAGAAUAAAACCUGGUGAGAAGGGAUUAGGUAGAUUAGGAUGCUCUGAACAACAUUUUUCUCCUUCUUUUAGCUCCUUACACUAAAGUGUGUUUGUUUUCCAAAUAAACAUACACUUGAUGAUGAACGCAAAUUCUCUCUUCGGUUUCGACAAGAAAAGAGAAGAGUUUCGAUUUUUGAGCUGAACAAGAAAAUAUUUGUCUACGGUUUGAUUAGAGGGGCCAUUUAACAAGUACACCACUUGACAGCCCCCCUAAAAAUACAUAUAUUCAUUUAGUUGUUCACAAAUUUUUUUGUCUUCUUAUCACUAAAACAAAAAUAUUUUUUUGUGCUUUUUUUUGCUGUUCUUGGGAAAAUUGAUUUUCUUUUUUUUAUUUUACAAAAUUUUGCAUUCCAGAUGACCGCCACUUCUUCACGCUUAUCUGUUCCAAAUGAUUUGACAAUGGGUGAUUAUUAUUGCUCAUCAUCCGAUGUUCGAGUUCGUGCAAAUCCAAAUCAUAAUUUGGAUUAUACUUCGGCUUCAUCGAGCACAAAUGAAAGCUCAUCAGCUGCUGGAGCAGCCCAAGUCAAAUUUCAUCGUGCAACUUUGCCAAGCAUCACUACAACUACAAGUGAGUAUUUUGGAGAAAAAAUGAGGUUGUUUUUGAAUUGAAAAACAUUUCAGUUUUUAUGUUAAGUUUUGUGGAGUCAAUUGAGUAGUACGGUAUUAUCCUCAAAUUUAAUUAGACGUUAAAUCUGACUUACAAUGAAUUUUCCGAAAAACAACCCAACAUUUCUAUCAUAUUUAUCAUAGGUUCAAAAAGACAUUUCCACAUAUUUUCAGACUCAUAAAUUUGAUUUGUGUGUACUGUAGCUCGUUUUCUUUUCACGUGCAAAUUUUUAAUAUAUAUUCUUAUGUUAGUGUCAAAAAAUUCCCAUAAUUUUCUUGAACAAUUAUCUUUGACUACUGCUCUUUUUUCUUGAAAAAUUUCAUUUUUAGAAUCAUUACCUUUUUUUCAUUUUUAAGCUUAUGGCAAAUAUUUUUACUUAUUAGUCUGAAAAGUCCAAAAGUUCAGCAUCCAACUACGGUAGCCCAAAGACCGCCUUAUUUACCGGAAACCCGAUGAUUCUAUGUCUACCGUAAUUAUCUUUUCAUUCAAGUUUCGUUUUUCAUCAUUAUUUUUCCGUCGUCCUCGUGUUUUUUUUCAUUCAAAACGAAACGAAGUUCAUUUCUUCUCAUUUAAUUUUCAUCCUUAUGUUCAUAUUCAUAUUCAUACUCAUUUUUAUUUGAACAAAAAACGACUGGGGAGACAAAAAAAUAAAAAAUCGAAACCAUCAAUUUUAGUUAUUUUUUAUCAAAACCCACAAUUUUCUCAAUUUUUCAUGUUAGGUCACAUUAUUAUUAGGUCUUUUAAAAAAAGAGAGAAAGUGAGAUUUGGAGUUAGUUAGUUACAUAUGAUUUUUAUUUUUAUUCUCAAAAAUAUUAACAAGGGGUAUUAUAGUAUUAUCUGAUUCUUAUCAGAAAAUGAAAAUGAAAAUGUUGUCGUUUUUGUGAGUGUGUAUAGAAGGUUUAUUUUUAGUUUUUGUGAUUUGAUAGUGAUACUUUUCCUCGUUUAACCUCUCGUUCUUUUUUUUUGAAUUUCUUUCUCGAAACUAUUUUUUGAUUGACCAUUUUUAUUACUCUUGAAUUUUGUAGAUAAUGAGUGAAAAAGUCGAUGAGGAAAAAGAUAAAGAGGGCAAAACGCCUAAAUUGAGCUUUAUCAAAACUAGACUUCGUGGGCGAUGGUCUGAAGGAAGUUCCAAAUAUCGUGGAAGAUCUUUGACUUGUUUGGAGGAAGAGACUAAACGUUGGUUUUAACUCGAAAAUUUAUAUGAAAAAAUUUACUCUUGCUCUAGAAAGUUACAGUAUAUUUGGAAUACAUCAUCAUUAUGAUCGUGGAAGACAUUUUCUUAAAAUAAAGUUCAAACCUUUUUUCUAGGAGUCGAUGAACAUUUUUAAUUUCCUAGUAUAAUAUUAUUGUGAAUCUUUAUCCAUAUUUUGCCACGUCAUUUCACUCGUUUCCUAUUUAUAUGUUUUCCAAAAAUAGACUCCUGGAAAUUAUAGGUUACCCGAUUUUUUUGCUGCCAUAAAAACCUGGCGCCAAAAAUCCUCACCCAAUAAAAAAAUAAUGUCGAAACUUAUCAACUAAAAAAAACAAUAUCUAAUUCUACAGUAGGAAACACUAAAAAUUAUUAUUUUUCCGAAAGUAGAUUAGAAAUUAUAGGGUUUCUAGGUUUUUGAAGAGCCCUAUGAGUUUUUUAAUGUUUGAGGGUUUCCCGAGGAUCUAUGAAGUGAUCACGUGAGAAACACAAAUGUAAACAGAGAAGAAAAAGUACCGUACUACUUGAUUGCGUCACAACAGCUGAUCACCAAAAAAAAUCGAAUCUAAAAUAAGAGAGUCUGUAUUACAAAUAAAAGUUCUUGAGCCAAAAAUGUUAGAGACUGAGAUUUUCAAACGCGAAAAGCUCUCUUCAACAAAUGUAUCAGAUUCAGUGUAAACCCAGUAGCUCCCAGAUAAAAUUCUCGAUUUUUCAGGUGAAAACACAUCUGACGAAGCUGCUGAAGAAAGAUCGGAACGUGCUGUGAACGUCGAUCAUCACUAUCUUUAUGCUGAAAAUGGCGGUGUUUAUGGGGCUGGUCCACUGCGUGACGAGAGUCCAAAACGCCCAUCUUCAUCAUCGCCAGGUGUCUCAGUUCGACGAGCCGCCUCAUUCACUUUUUCGCCAAAAGGCACAGCCGCCAAAAACAAUCAAAGACCCGCGGCAUUGUUGCGAACCGAAGAGGAAAAAGAGAAACGAAAAUUCUUGUGA